GCCUGGCAACAGUGCACUUGUUUACAUUUUUGUGCGUUCGCGUGCUUUCGCCCGGUGCGUGGUUUUGGAUAUUCUAUGUUCAUUGCUCACUCUGUAUUAUAACAUUUUCCAAGUUUAAAACUUCAACCCACGAUGGCAGAUCCAUAUGACCGUGGUUACUACAAAAAACGGCCUUACGCUCCCAAGUUCCAGGAACGUGAGCAGGAGCCGGACUCGAGUCAGCAACAGAUCAAACCCGUGUUCAUACUCGCCAAACACCCGGACCGGGGCUCUUCCUCCCAGACUCAGUCACAGGCUGGUGGAGAUGCAGCUUCUGGAGACACAUCAAAGCCUACCGUGCUGCUCAGCAAGGCAUCGUCAAGGGCGGAAUCCCCGGCAUCUUCGUCAAGCGCAUCCAAAGAUGAUGUGCAACCAUCUGCAUCUGUGGGCACCAACACAUCUAUCAAGCAGCCACCUCCCGAGAGCUUGAGUGACCGACUAGCAGCACCUCCUGACAUGGCUGCCCCCGUCAAGUUUAUUGAUGAUUCCUUACAGUGGUGUGAUAAUGCACUUGAGUACCUUGUGGACCAGCCAGACUUCUAUGUGGUCGGAAUCGUUGGCAUGCAAGGUGCUGGAAAGUCAACUAUUAUGUCAAUACUCGCUGGGCAGUAUGGUCAAGCAGGCAUGAGGCAGCUGUUUCGUCCACAGAGCCGGGAAUUGCGGGAGCUUGGCCAACACUGCACAACAGGUGUAGACAUUUAUGUCACACCAGAGAGGAUGAUCCUCCUUGAUACUCAGCCUGUCAUCAGUGCCUCAGUGAUGGACCACAUGAUCCAGUUUGAGAAGAAGACACCCGGAGGUGGGGACUUUCAUUCCCUGGAGAAUGCUCAUGUCAUGCAGUCUCUCCAGAUGGCCUCUUUCCUGAUGGCUGUCUGCCACACAGUCAUUGUUGUGCAAGACUGGUUUGCUGAUCCAAAUUUCCUCAGAUUUGUGCUGACAGCUGAAAUGCUCAAGCCAACGACGUCGUCACAUGACCAAAGCCGCAGCAACGGUGAUGACGUCACUGAAAGCUUUCCUCACCUAGUGUUUGUGCAGAACAAGUGCACUCCCGGUGACUUUUCUCCCGAGAAUGUCGCUGCCAUGAGCCAGACAUUGGACGCCAUCUUUACCAAGUCGAAACUCAAGUACAAAGGACAGAUAAGCAUGGAUACUUCAGUGGCUCUUGGCAAGGACAAGCAACACCAGGGGCCUAAUCUGUUUCUGCUUCCCAAGAGGCUGUCUGAGCAAGAAGAGAAGCGGAGAAGCGAAGGCGACGCCGUGCCUGGAUAUCAGGAGGGCGGCCGGCUAGAGCAACUGGCUUCAUUGCUGACCCUUCAAGUUGGCAGCAUGCCAAAGCAGCACAUCACUCAUACACCCCUCACUGAGAAAAACUGGUUCCAUUACUCAGCACGGCUAUGGGAUGCUAUGCAAAGUCCAUGGUGUUCAUGGAGUACAGUCGUCUGCUUCCAUGAGGCAUUGUGCUGUAUAUUUGGUGUAUAUGGAAAGGCAGACAUGUGAACUUGUGCAGAUGUGUAAAUAAAGUUUGUGCCGGAACUA